UUAACCUUGAGCGAGUGUAGGAAGCGGACCUUAGUGUUGAGCUUAAGGCAACUUCCCACAAUUCAGGGAGUUGAGUGAAACGUUCGUCGAAAACUUCUGCAGAAAAUUUUUAAUUAAAAGUGCAUAGAAAAGAAGAAAAAAAUGCGAGCAAAAAAAAUAAAAAGAUCCACCGGUUGGUAAUUAAAAAAGUUUAAGUAACACAAGGUUGGACUUUCCUGAUACAACUCAGAUGUAGGAAAGAAAAGAAAGAUUCACCCGCCAACCACUAUCAGGACCCGCAACACUGCCCACCCUACCCACUCACUUCCCCAAACUCUUUAAUUUUAAGACCACCAUGAACUGUAACUCGGCGGCGUCCCCUUCAACGGGACCGUCGAGAAUAGACUCCGAGUCCUUCCCUACACCAACAAACCCUCAGCGGACGAAGAGCUUCCUAAUUGAAAAGUGACUCAACUUGGAGACUGUUUGGCAGCCGUCCAGAAGCCACCAUGGCCAUUCCAGAGGACUAUUAACGGAUUUGGGGAGCUUCUAAACGACUCUUUGCGGCUUUUGACAGAAAGUAAAGGCCUUGUACGGCUUGGCUAAAGCUUAAAAGUCUCAGACGCCUUCACACAAUCUGAGAUACAUCCUAACGACUUCAAGUGUGAUAUGAGGGUGGAGGGUCCGCAACGGACGUGGGAACUGGGUGUGACCCCCAUGCAAGGAAGACGCCACCGCAGUAUUCCCCGCCAGGACCCCCAUGUCGCAAGAAGGAAGGCGGCGGCGCUCCAAGAGUCUCCAUGGCGAGGAGAUAUACGCCGGCGGCAGAAUGGGGCGGGACGACGGCCUGUCAACCAUUAACAACGCCAUGAAGCAGGCCCUCACCCACGGCGCGGCGGAGAGGAGGAGGUCACAGCGCGGGGAUGUGAUGGGAGGCGGGCGAUCUAGCAGUAGCGAAGGGGGCGAGGAGCGACGCAAGCCUCACUCUCUCCCGCCCCUUGCUCAGAAACCCCGCAGCCCCGUCAUUGCGGCGAGUCCGCUGGAAAAUGACUUAACGUCGCGCUUCAUUGGGUCGCCGCCGCCGUCAGGGCUUCGACGAGACGAGAGCGGCGGCGGCCUCAGCGUGGGCAGCAUCGGGGAGGAGGAAAGCAGCGGCGAAGACGAACGCACUGUGUACAGCCCGUCCGAACUUGAGCCCUCCCAUCCGAAGAUCACCCUCAAUACCGCUCCCCGCCGAGGGUCUCCUCCCCCGCCCCACGCCAUCGUGGCCGCUGAGGGCAUCACCGCCCCCACCACCGCGUCCUCCAUCACCCUUCGCUGCUUGGCAGCAGCCGCCACAGAGACGCUCGCCUUACGCCAGGCCCUUACGCCACCGCCGAAGCUUGUCAGCUAUCGGUCUCAAGGUGGAGCUGAUGCCGUCCAGGAAUGGGUGCCAGACGAGGACGGCGUUGGGUUGGCAUCGCCUCCUCGCAAAUGCUCGUCACCUUCAAUCAGGGAUCUGCCCUCACCCCUCUUCGGCCGCAGCGCUCUAGAUCGCCCACCCCCGACACUCACGUCAGCACGCAGGAGCAGAUCAACUGUCAAGCUAACGCCCAUCAACAAGUCGUCUUAGUCGGUCGCUAAUUCUAAUCCCAACCUUGAUGUGGCCCUGCUUAUACCUCAAGUUCAAUAAUGACGUGGUUGCGAUUGCCUUAACCAAAUGUGUUGUGUUUGCUAGGGUGAACUGAACUGGGUCAGACUGAAUUAGGCUGUAGUAAGCAGUGCGAGAGAAGACUUCAGACUUCUUUGAAGUUUCUUUAGUUGCAAAGUGCAGCAUCAGUGAUAAUGGUUCUCAGACGUUAUUUGAGUAUUUUUACAAAGAAAAGCUGCACAUAAACAGUGUAACAUGGUGGGGUGAUAAUGUGUGUCCCGGUAUACGUAGCUUAUACUGCGAUACAUGUCACUAGUAAAAUGCAGUCUUGUUCUUUUGUGAAGUUUCAAUUUUGAGUUGGCCGGAACGCAUGAAAGUUAGUCAUUAAGUAUCUCGUCGAUAAAUAUCAGAAGAAAAUUCUGAUUUUAUGUAACUUCGUCAGAAUAUUAUACAAUAGCAAAAAUGUUUUUCAGAUGACAUUAAGUAUUUUUCUUUAUAGUUAUAAUUACAUGACACUGUUUUACGUAACAAUUUAAACGUGUGUAUCUGCUGUAUGUACGCGUUAGAAUGCAAGAAUUUUAAUGUUACUAGACGAAUGCGAGUAAGUGAUCCACACACAGCUAGUGAGUGAUCCACACACAGCUAGUGAGUGAUCCACACACAGCUAGUGGUUGGAGAACAUUUCCGUGAAUCUUUCUUUCUAAGGGUGCGCUUCCCAGGGAACUUUUCCGUCGCGUGGCUUUGACAAAACUUUAAUGAAGUUUACCCACGAAAGGAAGCAAAUUCGUGGAGUGCUACACUGUGAUCCUUUUACUGUAGUGAGAGAAUUUGAGAGUCGAGGCCUUCUUUUCAGUCACCGUCCAGAUCUUGUCUUCAGGGACCAAUGAAAGGUUCAAUGACUGUGGGAGCUCGUGAAAGCAUAAUUUUGUGCAAAUUUAUGUUCUAAAUGUGGUGGUAGUAGUAGUAGUAGUAGUAGUAGUAGUAGUAGUAGUUGUAGUAGUUUACGUACCGAAGGUACUAUCUUAAGUAGUGAUAGGAUGAUAGUGGAGAUAAAGAUAAAACCGUUCACUUCUCGAAGAUUUUAAAUCUCAUAGCAAUGAAAUGUAUUUCCUUUUUUUUUUUUUUUAGAGAGAGAGAGAGAGAGAGAGAGAGAGAGAGAGAGAGAGAGAGAGAGAAAGCCCAUAUCAUCACGAACAUAUAUAUUAUGUACAUCUAUAUACGUGUACUCGUAAGUAUGUAUGCAUGUAUAUAUCGUAUACUCACAGCCUUUAAUGUAAUUACCGAGGGUUGAUACUGACAUCCAGACAGACGUGGAAUAAAGGGACAGCGAACUGGCUCUUUCAGUGGCAUUUCAUGGAGGCAGUUUAUACACACAAUACUCACUGUGGUUGUUGCUCGUCCAAAGCAUACAGGCUUGGUAGCCCAGACUUAGGUCAUUGCCUCAAUGAAAACUUUGCUCCUGUAUAAAAAGUUCGAGCACAAUUAUUGCCCAAACAGUGUUACGUAUUGUGAAAUAAUAAUAAAUGUCUAUACACUUAUAGUGAA